GUCACUAGUUUAGUCAAGUUUCUGAGUUGGUGAAGUGUUGACGCUUGUAGCAAUCGUGGCUCAAGUUUGUUUACUUUUGUAAGGGAACCGAACUAUGGAACUGACAUAAAUGGAUUGUUUGACUGUGAUGUGAUUGGAGCAGUGUUAAACCUUGCUGUUAUAAUAUAUUUUUGUUAAUAAUGGAGACGAGGAGAUUAUUUUGGACAGUAUUUUUGGGAGUUUUAUGCAAAGCGGAGGCGGGGUUGAUGGGCGAUCAGUGCGACUGGACUGGCAGUGGUCUGACUGCCACGACGGAGCGCGGCGUGACUCCCGUCUACCUCCGAUGUCGGGAGGGCAGCAUCUCGUGGGUGUACCCUCGCGGUGCCCUGAGGCUGCUGUUCCGACCGCCCCUGCCGGCUGACGAGCGCGACUUCAAGGUCUGCGUGAGGGUCAUCCGGCGACCAGACCCGCCAGACCUAUUCCACACGCUGCGGCUAAAUGAUACAGAAGUCGCGGAGCGGUUUCCAGCGCGCCUAUUUGUGGAGGGCGCUCGCCGAUUAGUUCCUUUGUAUGCACCCAAUGAUGGUGAUCCGAGGGAACUGCGGUGCUUCCGAAGCCGGCACGGUCGUGCUGCGCUUUAUGUUGAGGCUGAACCAGAAGAUGGGCCCCAAAGAAGAAAAGCUACGUUCAAAUAUGAAGCCAGGCCGUUAGCCCGGAGACAUUAUGACCCUGCCACCGCGGAUUGCAGACCUUGCACGGAGUCCGAACUAGAACUCGCUUUCUGCACUAGCGACCUCGUGUCACGAGGUGUGAUCGUGAUGAGCGAGGCUCGCCAAGACUUGGACACGACGCAACUGACGCUGCGGCUGACCAAGCUCAUCAGGGCCACGGCUGGGGAGCCUGACAAGCCUGAGUUAGCUGAAGAUGAUGAUUACUAUAGGUAUGACGUGGACAACACGUUAGAGCGGACCACACAUAGGAACCAUAAGCGGCGGAAAGCGCGAAGCUUGCACGCUCAUGUGCAUGUUUCGUCGGUGUGUGGGGCGGCGGCCGGGGCUGGCGAGUUCCUCGUCAUGGCACGAAGAAGACUCGGCAGGUACUCCCUAGUCUGUGCUCCCAGGAUAGACGACUGGACAGAACUGGUGAAGAAAAGGAAUGCCGACGGCACAGCGCAUUGCUUGCUCCAACAUUAGGACUGUGUCAAACUCGACGGUUGGGUUCAAAUGCUGUGUUGUGAUUGGUUAACAUCAGUGAUGCAAAAGAGACUUGAAGGAUUUGGAUGUAGACUUCAGCAAAUUGUUAUAAGCUGUAGUUUCCUUGAGUUAACAGUGUAACAUUGUUUCUACAGAUCCUAUUAUUUUGAGAGUUUAAUCCAUAAUUAGAUUAUGUUAUUGCUUGCCAUAAAAUCAGCUUGCGUAUUAAUGCAAUAUUGUACAAAAGUAUCUCUAUUUAUGUAUCAAAUGUUUAUAUUUACUGUAGAUAAAUGAUUUAUUUGUAGAUUGUAAUGAAAAUGUGGUCCAGCGUGCCAAAAUAUGUAAGAUCUUCAGUUAGACGUAAGAUCGAUCUCAACUUUGUACAUAUUAUUAUUAAGUGGGAUAAUGAAAGCCAUAUUAAUUAAGCACCAUAAUUAGAUGUAACGUAAUAUAUUGCAGUUUAAGUGUGAUUUAGAACAGAUUCUUUUUAUUAUUUUAAUGAAACUAUUUAGUGUCACUGUUACGAUACAAACUUUAUGAGUGUAUGACAAACAAUGAGGAAUAUUUGGAGAGCGUGUAACAUUGUAUAUGACAAGCUGGAAUUGUUCUGUAAGAGUGCUAUCAAACCAGCGGGCUUUUAGCCGGGCUCAGGCCAAACCGAACGUAUGUGCCGCAGCUAAUUCCGCUACUGUGAUAGCUCUCCAAGCCCAUCAUAUUUCUCUUUACAAUCAUAGUACGCUAUAAAGCGCUGUAAUACGCCUAUUUAUAGAAUUAUGGUGCUGCCAUGCUAAUAAUCUUGUCUUCUUUAGUGCUUCCAUACACAGAUGCUCUAUUUUAUAUACAUACUCUUUAUACAAAUAUAUGCCUGAACAUAUACCAUUCAGCCUAUGUGAAUACUUAGUAAUAUAUUUUGUACAAAAUUCUAAGUAUAGUUGUCGAUAUGUGAUAUAGUUUACAACGAUUAUGUUAUGAAGUGCCUAUUGUAUAUACGAGAAUAUAGCUAUUGACUACAUAGUGUUUAUAAAUAUACAAAUAUUAUGUAAAAAAAGAUGAACUGUUGAUUAAAAUAGUUUAAAAUUA